AAAAGGGAAGCCCUCCGGCUCCGGAUUGGCUGAACGCGAGCCGCGCCCCCGUCACGCCGAUAGCCUACUGUAAGGGAGGCUGCCCGGCUCGACUGUGUUAGCCUUCCGAGCCAGUGCGCUGAAAGGAGCUCUUAGGCGGCGCACCCGGUCUCCAGCCAGACCGACGUAAAUCCGGGAGUGGAGCGCGUCAUCUCAACGGUGAGGGGACACUAGCGUGCGGCGGGAGACCGGGUUGCUGCGCGGCGGAGAGCUAAUAAAGCGCCGCAGCCGGAAGUGUCUUCAGAGCGGCGUCGUACCCGGAAGUGUGGCAAGAGGGCAGCCGCACCCGGAAGUGUGAUGUUGCCGCUGCCUGGGAAGUGAUGGUACCCGGCCAAUUGGGAUACGGGAUUAAAACAGGGAUGUGCAGAUGGAGGCUGGAGGAGACACUACUGCCCCAGCCCCUGGGGACGCGGAGGACUUGGAGGACACUCGGUUCCCCAGUGAGGAGGAUGGAGAGGUUCACGAGGCCCCGCCGGAUCCUGGGGACGGGGACCUGGAGAAAACAGAAUCCGAGAUGAAGGAUCAGCCAUCCAGCCUGCUGUCACCACUGCCCCAAACAGAGGCCCCAUCAUGCAACUGUGGGCUUUGGGAUCCUGCAGCCUCAGAGAAUAGUCCCGUGGGUGGCGCCGAGAGGGGCUCUGGGGGCCAGGGCGGGGACCCCAGUGACGAGGACUGGCGCAGCAAGCGAAAGCACGUGUUUGUGCUGAGCGAGGCAGGCAAGCCCAUCUACUCAAGGUAUGGUAGCGUGGAGGCACUGUCGACGACCAUGGGUGUGAUGACGGCCCUCGUGUCCUUCGUGCAGAGUGCAGGAGAUGCCAUCCGCGCCAUCUAUGCUGAGGACCACAAGCUGGUGUUCCUACAGCAGGGCCCACUGCUGCUGGUGGCUGUGUCGAGGACUCCUCAGUCGGCAGCCCAGCUCCGCGGGGAGCUGCUGGCCGUGCACGCACAGAUCGUGAGCACGCUGACCCGUGCAAGCGUGGCCCGCAUCUUCGCGCGCAAGCAGAACUACGACCUCCGCCGCCUGCUGGCCGGUUCGGAGCGCACGCUAGACCGGCUUCUGGACAGUGUGGAGCGGGACCCCGGCGCCCUGCUGUUGGGCGCCGUGCGCUGUGUGCCUCUGGCCCGCCCACUGCGCGAAGCCCUGGGUGCGCUGCUGCGACGGUGCACGGCGCCCGGCCUGGCCCUCUCGGUGCUGGCCAUCGGAGGUCGACUGGUGACGGCGGCCCAGGAGCGGACUGUGUUAGCCGAGUGCCGGCUGGACCCCGCCGACCUGCAGCUGCUGCUCGACUGGGUGGGGGCGCCGGCCUUCGCAGCGGGGGAGGCGUGGGCACCCGUGUGCCUGCCCCGCUUCAAUCCGGAUGGUUUCUUCUACGCCUACGUGGCGCGCCUGGACGCCAUGCCCGUGUGCUUGCUGCUGCUUGGCACUGACCCUGAGGCCUUCCAUGACAUGGCCACCUGCCGGCGCCUGGUUGAAGAGGGCAUGCACGCCCUUGGUGCCAUGCGGGCCCUGGGGGAGGCUGCCAGCUUCUCCAAUGACCCAUCAGCCAGUGCUCCUGCCUACAGCGUGCAGGCUGUAGGGGCACCGGGCCUCCGGCACUUCCUCUAUAAGCCACUGGAUAUCCCCGACCAUCACCGCCAGCUGCCCCAGUUUACCAGCCCUGAGCUGGAGGCCCCGUACAGCAGAGAGGAGGAGCGGCAGCGCCUGUCCGACCUGUACCACCGUCUGCACGCGCGCCUCCACAGCGCCUCCAGGCCCCUGCGUCUCAUUUACCACGUGGCGGAGAGGGAGACACUGCUGGCCUGGGUGACUUCCAAAUUUGAACUCUAUACCUGCCUCAGCCCACUGGUGACAAAGGCAGGUGCCAUCUUGGUAGUGACCAAACUCCUGCGCUGGGUGAAGAAAGAGGAGGAUCGACUCUUCAUCCGUUACCCACCCAAGUACUCCACACCCCCGGCUGCCCCAGCUGCCUCUACAGACCAACCUUCCCAUAAUGGCUUGUUCACUGGACCCUGAGUGGCAGAGUUCUUAGAUUGGGCCGUGCUGAGAAGCACCACCUUUGGCUUUUACCUUCUGCCUCCAGCCUGGAAAUGGGGCAGGAGGACACAGGAAAGGCUGCUUCCCCAGCCUGGUGAUGCUCCUCCAGCUCUAGGGACAUACUUGGGCCCCUCUGCCCUGUUCUCCCUCUGCCCCACCUCUUCCACUUGGAUGACAUCCCUCUGUCAGGGGCUGUCUCCUCCAGUCCUGGGCACCACACCCUCUGUCCUGCAGCAGGAGUUGGCCUCCUGGUGGGCUGUGAGCCCUGAGUGUCCAGGGUUGGCCAGGGUCCCUUUGGGUGGUCCACAGGGACUCUGGAAUUGGGAAUGCAUGGCCAGCCUUUAUGAAAGGCUUUAAGAAAGAAACCGUACCUAAAAGACCUCAAAUCAGUUUCAACAAGGACAUUCCUUUGCCCUUCACCUACUUCAUCUUCACCCAGUCAGAAGUGACCCCCGUCAAUGUUGGCUGCUGGUGGUGGAGAAGGUGGCCUUCUGGGCAGAACACCUGACUGACUUCACACCUGGCUGAGAUCCAGACGGUGUGCAUGGGAGGCGCGCUCGGCUUCUGAGGCUCGUUGAACUCAGCCGUGAAGUGCAGAGAACCUCGCAUCAGCUGUCACGCGAGGAUCUGUGAACAACGAAAGGGUUCUCGAACUCUUGGGUACCACUGCACAGUUCACAUAUGUGUGUCUCGUACUUCCAACCUGCACACGUAGCAACCUAGAGAGGGAAAGGCCUCCCUAGAGUUCAUGUGGGUGGGCACAGCACUCCCUUCUCAACCGACCAAGACCCGGUCACGCACUACGGUAGAGUUGGCGGACCUUGGGGUGUACGCAUGCGCACUGUCGUUCAGGGGCUCGGGUCCGCGAUUCAAAACCUCCGUGCUGCUCCGCCCGGGUCAACUGACAGGCCAACGCGCGCUGCACGCAUGCGCGCUCACGUAGGUUUUAGGUGGGUUUUUUUUGUUUUGUUUUGUUUUUUUGACCAAUCGUCAUCCCAGGUGUACGCAAGCGCAAACCCCACGUUGGAAAAUGGAAAACGGCAGGUUGGAGCCUUUGAAAAUGAAGCCCCCCGAAUUGGUAAAGGAGGCCGAGGAGGCUGAAGGUAGGAAGGGCGAGCCAGCCUCUCUGGGCGCGGCGGAAGGGAGAGAGCCCUGUCCCGUCACAAUGACGAAAUAGUAAUAGCAGUACUAAAAAAAAAAAAGUAAAAAUGUAAGCUUUUUAUAAAAACAAAACCGUUCACCAAAGGGGAAAAAAAUAACGUGCAUCUUGUCAUCAUCUAGAUUAACUCCGCUUUAUUGGGCACAUUGGUUUAAGUGUUUCGAAGGAACAGUCGACUAAAUAUUUCAAUCCGUAUCUCCGCAGACGAAACACGGAGACGGAUGUCGUCUCAAAAGCCACUGGCUCCUGUCACACCGAGGAGAAGCACAGUAGUUCCCCAGUGUCAUUUCACACCCAGCCCACAUCCCAUCUCUCACGGACUCGAGUCGAGGGGCCUCUCCCGUGCCGGGCAUCGCUUUGGGGCCCUUGGUCAAUAGUGACACCCCCACACCCCGGCGAGGGGCAGGGGGUGGCCCUAGAGAUCAUUAGAAAACGUAGUGUGGCCCGAAGGAGGUUUCCUUCUUCAGUGACCCACUGCUAUGUCACUA